AUGGCCUAUUCAGGAUUCAGCUUGGAGGGAAGGGUCGCACUGGUCACGGGCGCAGCGCGGGGCAUCGGGGAGGCCUUGGCCGUCGGGCUGGCCGAGGCCGGCGCGGACGUCGCUGUAUCCGAUAUGGCAUCGCGGAUCGAGUUGGCCCGAGACACCCAGGCUCGGGUGGAAGCCUUGGGCGUCAGGAGCAGCACUCACGAGCUUGACGUGCUGGACGUCGCCAGCAUUUCGCCUGCCAUCGACCGGAUCGUCGAAGAGUAUGGCCAACUGGACAUCCUGAUCAACAACGCAGGCAUACGCAUCCCCAGGCCGGCCCUCGAGGUAACCGAGGCCGACUGGGACGCCACUGUUGACACCAACCUCAAGGGCUUGUUCUUCUGCGCCCAGGCGGCGGCCAGGCCCAUGAUCGAGCAGGGCUGGGGCCGCAUCGUCAACAUCGGCUCCCAGUUCUCCGCCGUCGGCUCCGCCGGUCGAGCGCCCUACAUCGCCAGCAAGCACGGCGUGCUAGGCCUCACCCGCGCUCUGGCCGCUGAGUGGACGCCGUACGGGGUCACGGUCAAUGCAAUCGGUCCCGGCCCCACUGAGACGCCGGGAGUCCUGGCUGCCUACAACCGCACCCCCGAGGAGCUACAGGCCGAGUACGCAGACAAAAUGCCACUGGGCCGCCGCAUGCAGCCCGAGGAGCUCGUUGGCGCGGCAAUCUUCCUUGCCAGCCCAGCCUCCGGGGCCACCACUGGCCACCUGUUGCUGGUCGACGGCGGGUGGACCGCGCUGUAA